CGUUUGCCGGAAAACCUCGGCCCCAAGUUUCGUUUCUGGGCAGCUGAGGAGCGGCGGCGGUGGCUGCGGGUGGCACGGUCGGGACGAUGGCGGCGCUGACCCGAGCCGUGUCCGAGCCGAACCUGGCGGGGCUGGAGGAGGAUCUGACCUGCUCCAUCUGCCUCUCCCUCUUCGACACCCCCGUGACGGUGCCGUGCGGCCACAACUUCUGCGCCUCCUGCCUGGACCUCACCUGGGCCGAGCUGGAUGCCGGCUUCAGCUGCCCUCAGUGCCGGACCACCUUCCCGGGCCGGCCUCAGCUCCGCAAGAACACGGUGCUGUGCCGGGUGGUGGAGCAGCUGCAGGGCUGCACCGCGGCCGAGGAGCAGCAGAAGCAGGAGGAUGAGGAAGAUGAGGCGGUGGCGGAGGAAGCAGCGUCCCCCGUGUACUGCGACAGCUGCCUGCAGGCUCAUGCAGCACAGACGUGCCUGACCUGCAUGGCCUCCUUCUGCGCCGAGCACCUGCAGCCGCACCACGACAGCCCGGCCUUCCGCGACCACCAGCUCUGCCCACCCGUGCGUGACCUGCAGCAGCGCAAGUGCUCGCAGCACAACAAGGUCUUCGAGUUCUUCUGCAAGCAGCACGGCACCUGCAUCUGCUCCCUCUGCCUCCUCAGCCACAAGCUGUGUAACGCCAGCCCCCUGCAGCAGGCCAAGGCUGAAGCUGAGUCAGCACUGAAGAAGAAACUGACAGAGCUGCAUAAUCACAGUGAAAAAGCCACUCGAGCGAUGAACUCUGUGAAAACAAGCCAAACCCAAACUGCUGAGACAGCUGCCAGAAAGCGAGAUUUGAUGAGAAACGAGUUCUUGGAAAUUAAAGCUUUGAUUGAAGAAAAAGAAAACCAGAUCUUUAAAGUAAUCAUGGAAGAAGAAAAAAGAGUUUGCACUAAGUUUGAUUACAUUUAUACUGUUCUGGGAAGUAAGAAGAAUGAAAUUCAAUCUCUCAGAGACCAGAUUGAGAUGGCACUGACAGAACAUGAUGACGUUCUGUUUUUAAAGAGAGCAGCAGCACUGCAACGAGCAUCAACAAAAGAGGUUUUUGUGCCUGUAAUUGAAAUGGACCAAAACUUGAUACAUACUGCUUAUCAGUCUGCCAUUAACCUUAAAGAAAUGGUCAAGCUUACAGUGAGUCAGCCUAAGGAGAAAAAAACAGAAGGAUGCCAUUGGCCUUCUUGGCCACAAGGGCACAGUGCUGGCUUAUGGUCAUCCGGCUGUUUACCAGGAACCCCAGGUCCCUUUCCCCUACGCUGGUCUCCAACAGAGAAACAAACAGCUAGGAAAGCUAAGCCCCCUCAAGCAGCUGCACUAAAUAGACCUGUUCCUGGGAGAAAGCCGGUUGGACCACAGCGUCCAAACAAAGAGAAAAAACCUUCCCAGGUUCAAGAACCUUUGCAGGAGGAGGCAGAUAACCCGGACAAAAAGUUUUCCAUUUCAUUUGGAGCACCAAACACGGGAGCACCAAGCACAGCAGCAACAACUGCAGGAGCAUCAAAAGCUGCAACUGCGGCUAAUACAAAAGAUCUUAUUAGCAGCUUUCUUCAGAAAGACAGAGAGGAGCUUUUGCAGUAUGCUGCUAACAUCACCCUGGAUUUCAACACAGCUCAUAACAAAGUGCAUCUGUCUGAGAGAUACACCAAGAUGUCUGUCUCAGACACCCCCCUGAAUUAUAACCACCACCCUCAGCGUUUCACCUAUUGUUCCCAAGUGCUGGGGUUCCAGUGCUUCAAGAGAGGCAUCCACUACUGGGAAGUAGAACUGCAGCAGAAAAACUUCUGUGCCAUUGGCAUCUGCUAUGGCAGCAUGGACCGGGAGGGGCCAGACAGCCGCCUGGGUAGGAACAGCAGUUCUUGGUGUAUUGAGUGGUUUAAUUCCAAAAUUUCAGCCUGGCAUAAUGAUGUUGAAAAGAAUUUACCCAAUGUGAAGGCUACCAAGAUUGGCGUGCUGCUGCACUGCGAGGGAGGCUUUGUGAUUUUCUUGGCUGUUGGGGAGAAGCUUAACUUGAUUUAUAAAUUCAAAACCCAGUUUACUGAGGCACUGUACCCUGCCUUCUGGGUAUUUUCAAGUGGCACUGUUCUCUCCCUCUGCCAAAUGAAAAAGUAAGGUCUGAUAUCUUAAUGUAGUUUGCCUGGGUAUUUACAUGCAGAUAAUCAUUCCUUGCAGUAACUUAUCUUAGUAGCUAUAACAUGUAUUUUACAAGUUCAUGAGCUAUUAACUUGCCUGUCUUAGUCAAAGCAGUCUCAAAAAAUGUUUUAAGGUGAAAAUCAAUUUUUCAGCAGUUUGGAGUAUCUGGUGAUUCUUUGGUCUGAAUUGCUAAAACCUUUAGAUAGUAAUUUAGUAAAAUGUUGAUGAUAGUAAAAAAAAAAACAACAAACACACAGUUAAAGGGUUUGCAAAAACCUUGGCUGUCCUUCCAAAAGCAGUUAUCAUAUGAUCUGCUCAUAAAAGGCUGCAGUAGCUGCUGUGGCUUCUGCAGUUUCCUGUAAAGGAUCCCCAGAUGUAGUUUUCAAGUCUGUAAUAGCCUUGAGUCUGGGUAGCAGUACAUGAGAAAGAAACGAGGAAUUCCUUGAGAAAUUCAGGUUUCAGGCUUUGAGGUUGGUCUCAGUUUUACCUUAAUUCUUUCUCUAUAUUCAGUCCACUGUCUGUAGUCCAGAUUUAAAAUAUACAUGUUCUUAGUGUGAGAUGGCCAAUGAGAUGCUGCAGAAUGAACUAUUGAAAUCAGUAAAUUCAGGUCUUGUGACAGCUAUAAAAUUAAGUAUGACAAAUCUCAUCAGAAGGGAAUGCAGAUAUUUUUAGAGUUGAUGGAUAAGAAAAUGGUAUCAGAAUCAUCAGGUAAUGAAUUGCUGAAGGAAGAUUUCCUGCACAGUAGUAGUGUGGAUCCUGUAAUAAUAGAGUUCGUGGGUUGAAGCAAUCUGUCUCAUGUUCUGACCCAGAAUAUGCUUCACAUCGAAGGCUCUUCAGUGUUUUGUGUGUUGAGGAGUUCAGGGAGCCUAUUUUUGGCUUGCAUAGGAGCAUAAAUGUGCCGUUCACUUUAUGACAGGAGACCCUGCUUUCUUUUCCUCAUUGUGAGGCAGGAUAUUCUCUGCUGGCAUAUUUUUAGUUGCUUAGUUGGUAGAGACUGGAUUUCCUACAGUGUGGUUAUGUUACUGGGACUCUGAUUUGAGGAGCACAGUACAUAGAGAAUAUUUCCUCUGUGUGUGAAGCCUGCACACAGGGGAGUCUUUCGAAACAGAGAGGGAAUUAGCACAAAGGAGAAUACACUUCAACCCCAACUGGAAUGGAUUUCUAAUUCUCCUGGUGUUCUUUCCUUUGGGUUGUAGUAUGUCUCCAGAAGUCCUCACCAUGCAUAGAGGACUGUACCUCUGUAUUUCUUAAUUACAACUUUAAAAGAAUUAGUAGGCAACCAUGGUACUUGGAUCUCAUAGUUAUUGGGCCUGUAUCUUGGUAACAUCUCUGGACUUACCAUGCCAGCUCUAAUUUCUUGGAGUAGGUCAUGAAGAACAGAGAGAAUUCCUGGACUCUGAUAGGACUGAGUAAUAAAACACAAAGCUACAGCUGACAGCUUGAAAGGGAAUUGUUGGAAUGCUCAAAGGAAUCUCUGACUACAUUCCAUAUUGAUUGAAGUGGGAGACUUAUAGGGAUUUAGGCUUUGGUGUCUCCGUUUACUUGGUUUGUAAACUCUCAGUACAUUGUCACAGGUAGCCCAAGUCCAAUAGGAUGUGUCUAUCUGUUUGGCCAGAAUGGGAUAUGGAAUUUUUGCUGGAUCUAAAAGUGCAAUGGCUGUCUUUGGAGUGGUUGUCCUGCCUCAAGGGUCCAUGCCUUCCAAAGCACAGUCAGCACUAAAACUGUCAAAUUAAGCAAAACAUUUUGAAAGGUGAGGAAGGAGGAUGUGUCCUGUUUGAAGCAAAAAGUACACUGAAAUAUUUUUUUCUGCAGUUCCAGUUUGUCAGCUGUGGGGACAUGAGCAGUUUGGUCUGAGAAAUCUUGUCCCUUUGGCUUCCUAACCAUAGCAUAGGGCUGCAGACCCACUCAGUGGGGUGCUGAAAGUGUACGACAUCCCCCCUUCAUGGCUCUUCACUUCUCAAAGUGCCCCAGCAACUUGUGCAGUGGAGAAACUCCACCUCUUCUCGUCUUCUGUUGCUUGCUCUUUGACUUUCAAAGGGGUGUCAGAGUUAACCUUUAAAGUCUUUGGGCUUCUUUAGACAUAGUAUGGAGUGACACUCAACAGAUGGACUUAAUGAUCUCAGAGGUCUUUUCCAACCUAAAUGAUUCUAUGAUUCUGUGUUCAAGCUAACGAGAGAAGAGUUCUUACUCUGCCACACUGGAUAAGGGUAGAUUCUUUAAAUGUGAUAUGGGUAUGUAACACGUUAAGACAUGUUCUGGUUUACUAUGGGCAGUGAAACAAGCCUGCCCCUGCACUAGUGAUUCCUGUUUGGUUUUGUGCUUUGAAUGAAUUAAAAUAGUAGAAUGAGGGUCAGUUAAUUUAGAACAAAAUGAGAAAUGCACAGUUGAGUUGUCACACUUCUGAAAACCGGUAUUUCACUUAGUUUCAGAGAAUAUAUCCUUUGCAUAUAUAAAAAUAGUGGGGGCAGAUGUAUCAUUAGAAUAAAUUAUCAGUUACAGCAUGACAAAUAACAACUAAAGUUUUUACUCAUCCAGUAAGAGUAUCAAAGCUGUACUGGUUUGUAAAUGAAAUGUAGACACGAGCAUAAAUUUCAAUUACACUUCUCUUUUUAAUACUGCAAAGAAAUUGAUUAUCCAGUAUAGGAAGAGAACUAAUUCUGGUGUUAAUAAAGCCAUGAGUAUGUGGAAUGAUUUGCAUAUUAAUGUGUAAGUGAUGGUAACUGGAUAAAUGCUUGCCCACUGAAUGCCCUAAUCUGCAUUAAUCUCUUCUUCCAUUAAAUAAAUCAGUAAAAUACUGUAGUUAGAAAAAUAAAUGCUUAUGUAAGUACAAACCUGAUGAUUGUACUGGUAUCAGCUAUGUGCUUCAGUAUGUACGUUAUAUGCUAUUUGAUAUAGAUGUUUCAGCUAGACAGCCUUGUCAGGGCAGUAGACAUGGAUUUUAUGCCAUCUGCUUUACUGUUGUACCUACAAAUUUUCGAGAAGAUGAUUUCUGAUCUUUUAAAUUUUCAAGUGAAUGAAAUGAUAUUUUGAAUUCAAUAAAUAUUCUUGGUAAACUCUAA